GCCCCCCGCUCCCGCUCCGUCCCGAGGAGCAGGAAAGGCGCCCCUCGCUCUCCUCUCGCCAUCCCCCUCCCUCCCCUCUCGGUUCCGCCCGUAUCUCUCUACCCGCCGGCGCCCACGAAAGAGGAGAAGAUGCGUUUCGCGCCGCCGGGGCUCCUGCUCGCCCAGCUUCACGCGUGCAUCUACUGGAGCUGCCUCUGGCCCGCCGGCUGCCAGCAGCAGCAGCCGCCGCGCCGGGACGCCCCGCCGCCCCCCGCCGCCUGGAGGCAGCGGAUCCAGUGGGAGAACAACGGGCAGGUGUACAGCCUGCUCAGCCUGGGCUCCCAGUACCAGCCCCCGCGGCGCAGGCAGGCGGCCGAGGCGGCGGGCAGCCCCAUCCUGCUGCUGCGGAACAACGGCACGGUGCUGCCGCGGAGAGCCGCCGCCCGCAGCAACGCCGCCAGCGCCGCCGCGCAGCCCCAGCCGCAGCCCCAGCCCCAGCCCGCCGCCGGCAGCCGCGGGGGCUCCGGGGCUCGGCACUGGUUCCAGGCCGGCUACCAGGCUCCCUCCGGGGGCCGCGCCGCCGCCGCCGCGCAGCGGAGCCCAGGGACCCGGGGCGCCUCUGCGGGGGCGCCGCGACCCAGCCCCGCCGGCGGCACCGGCACCGACGGCAACGGGAGCAGCGCCGGGGCCGGCAGCCUGCCGCCCCUGGGCAGCUUCAGGCCCGGCCGGGAAGAUGUCAUGGUAGGAGACGACCCCUACAACCCCUACAAGUACACGGACGAUAACCCCUACUACAACUACUACGACACCUACGAGAGGCCCCGCCAGGGCAGCAGGUACAGACCCGGCUACGGCACCGGCUACUUCCAGUACGGUCUCCCUGACUUAGUCCCGGAUCCCUAUUACAUCCAGGCGUCCACAUAUGUCCAGAGGAUGUCCAUGUAUAACUUGAGAUGUGCUGCCGAGGAGAACUGCUUGGCAAGCUCAGCUUAUCGAGCAGAUGUUAGAGACUAUGACAAUCGGGUGCUCCUGAGAUUCCCCCAAAGAGUGAAAAACCAAGGCACGUCGGAUUUUCUGCCCAGCAGACCCCGUUACUCAUGGGAGUGGCACAGCUGUCACCAACAUUACCACAGCAUGGAUGAAUUCAGCCACUAUGACUUGUUGGAUGCAAGCUCACACAGAAAAGUUGCUGAGGGUCACAAAGCAAGUUUCUGCCUUGAAGACACUUCCUGUGAUUAUGGAUAUUACAGGCGGUAUGCAUGUACAGCACACACACAGGGUCUGAGCCCUGGCUGCUACGACACUUACAAUGCUGACAUAGACUGCCAGUGGAUUGAUAUUACUGAUGUAAAACCUGGAAAUUACAUUCUGAAGGUGAGUGUGAACCCCAGCUACCUGGUGCCCGAGUCCGACUACUCCAACAACAUCGUGCGCUGCGACAUCCGCUACACGGGCCACCACGCCUACGCCUCUGGCUGCACCAUCUCCCCGUGA